UGGGCACUUAUCUACCCAAAAUCUAAAAAUAACGAGUGCACAGGAUUGUCCACCACACUGCGCCAAUGCAGCAGCUUCCAGUGCCUCAUAUCCCUUCAAUCCUAAACUAUAUUCACAACACACACAAUAUCUUCAAAUGCAGACUCUAACCCUGCCAAUCAAGUCCACAGCAAUUCCCAAAAAUGAUACAUUUUCUGAAUUCCCGUUAAAGCCCAACAAGAAUACAGUUUCUUUUAGCAAUGCCCCUAACUCUGUUGCUUCAACUGAUGCCCAUUUGAUCAAUCUUUGCUCAAAUGGCCGCCUUAGUGAAGCUAUUCAUGCUCUUGACUCUAUUUCCCAGUCCGGGUUCAAGGUAAAGCCGAAUACUUUUAAUCGUUUGAUUAAUUCUUGUAUUGAAUGUAAUUCGAUUGUACUGGGACGAAAGCUUCAUGAGAAUAUUCAUGUGUUGGGUGAUGUUGACCCUUUUGUUGAGACUAAGUUGGUUGGUAUGUAUGCGAAAUGUGGGUCUGUUGAUGAUGCACGCAAGGUGUUUGAUGAAAUGCGUGAGAGGGAUUUGUUUACUUGGUCGGCUAUGAUUGGUGGGUGUUCGAGGGAUAAGAGGUGGGGUGAAGUUGUGGAGCUUUUCUUUUUGAUGAUGGAGGAGGGUGUUGUUCCCGAUGAGUUUUUGUUUCCCAAGAUUUUGCAUGCGUGUGGGAAUUGUGCUGAUUUAAGGACUGUGAGGUUGAUUCAUUCGAUAGUGGUGAAAUGUGGGUUAGGGAUGAAUAUUCGUGUUAACAAUACAAUGUUGGCUGCUUUUGCAAAAUGCAGAGAGUUGGUUUGUUUGAGGAAGUAUUUUAGGAAUAUGGAAGUUAAGGAUUUAGUUUCGUGGAAUUCGGUCAUAUCUGGGUAUUGUCAGAAAGGUGAAAUGGAGGAGGCACAUAGGUUGUUUGACAUGAUGCAUGAUGAAGGUUUUGAACCGGGAUUGGUAACUUGGAAUACAAUGAUUUCGACUUAUAACCAGUUGGGUAAGUGUGAUGUUGCAUUGGAAAUGAUGAAAGAGAUGACAAGUUUAGGCAUAAUUCCCGACGUUUUCACUUGGUCUUCUAUGGUUUCAGGUUUUGCCAAAAGUAAUAGGAUAGGUAAAGCAUUGGAGCUAUUUUGGGACAUGCUUGUGGAAGGGGUCGAACCAAAUGGGAUCACACUUGCAAGUGCAAUCUCUGCAUGUGCAUCACUUAAAGAUAUAAAUAAAGGGAAGGAGCUCCAUUGCAUUGCAAUAAAGGUUGGAUAUGCUGAUUCAGUAAUAGUUGGAAAUUCGCUUAUUGGUAUGUACUCCAAGUGUGACAAACUUGAGGCUGCUGAAGAAGUUUUUGAUAAAAUCAUAACAAAAGAUGUCUACACGUACAACUCAAUGAUUGGAGGGUAUAUACAUGCUGGAUACUGUGGAAAUGCUCAUGAUCUUAUUAUAAAAAUGCGCGAAUCAGGUGUGCAACCAAAUGUUGUUACGUGGAAUGUGAUGAUUGCAGGAUAUAUCCAAAAUGAAGGUGAAGAUCAAGCCAUGGAUCUUUUCUAUAAGAUGGAGAAGGACGGGAUCAUUAGGCGGGAUACUGCAACAUGGAAUGCUUUAAUUUCUGGGCUCAUACAGAAUGGGCAGAAGAAUAAGGCACUAAGUAUUUUUCGCCAAAUGCAGUCCUCUUGUGUUAGACUGAAUGCUGUUACCGUUUUGAGUAUUCUACCCGCUUGUGCAAAUGUGAUUUCUGCGAAGAAAGUGAAAGAGAUCCAUGGUUGCAUAUUGCGUAGGAACUUGAAAUCUGAGCUCUCUGUUGCAAACUCUUUUAUAGACACUUACGCAAAAUCAGGAAACUUGGUUUAUUCUAGAGCCAUCUUCGAUGAGAUUCCAAUUAAAGAUAUUAUCAGCUGGAACACAAUAAUGGCUGGUUCGGUAUUACAUGGUUGUUCAAAUGAUGCACUUGAUCUUUUUAAUCAAAUGAGAAAAGAGGGCCUGGAACCCAACAGAGGGACGUUUGUCAGUAUACUUUCUGCUUAUGGCCUAGCCAAAAUGGUUGAUGAGGGGGAAUGUGCUUUCUCUAGCAUGAUUCAUGAUUUUAACAUUUUACCAAGUUUAGACCAUUGUAAAGCUAUGAUAAGCCUAUAUGGGCGCUCAGGUAAGCUUGAAGAAGCAGUAAAGUUUAUUGAAGAUAUGAUUAUGCAGCCUGAUACUUCCAUCUGGAGUACUUUGCUAACUGCGUGCAGGAAUCAUGGUAAUGCCAGAUGGGCACUGCAUGCAGGGGAAAGAUUACUGAAAUUGGAUCCUGGGAAUGCUCUAACACAGCGUUUGGUUUUACAACUAUAUGCAUUUUGUGGGAUUGAUGAUGGGUAUACGAAGUUAAAAAUACCUGAGAUUAAGGAAUCCACCGGACGAAGCUGGGUAGAAGUAAGAAAUACAGUGCACUGCUUUGUCAAAGGCGACAAGUGUCAGCCAAAUGCUGAUGUUUUGCUCUUAUGGACAAAAGCCGUAGCAGGAGCAGUGGAGAGACCUUAUACGCAGAACGUGCUGUGCUGUGGGGAAGAGGACGAUGAAACAGCUGGUGGGGUUCACAGCGAAAAACUUUCCCUUGCGUUCUCACUAGUGGGUUCUGCUCACACCUGCCAGCCCAUUCGGAUUUUAAAGAGCUUGAGAAUGUGUGAAGAUUGCCAUGCAACAAUCAAGUAUGUUUCUAAAGCUUAUGAAAGGGAAAUCUAUAUCUGUGAUUCAAACUGUUUGCAUCAUUUUAAAGAUGGUUCUUGCUCUUGUGGUGACUACUGGUAAAUACAAAAAUCUGCAGUAAAUUUGUUGUAAAUGGAUGAAUAGUCAUAACAUAAAUUGGAAAUUCUUUUUUCAAGGAAGCAAGGGAGCAUUAGACUUUUUCUAUAAACCAACCUUUAUAUAUAUUUAUUCAUCUUGCAAAUUCA